AUGAAGCAAUCUAUGCUUACUUCUCUUGUGGCUCUCGCAGCAUCAUGCUCGGGAGUCCAAGCUGCUGAUGGCUUGAUCAACGUGCCCGUUAAUCUUUGCGCAGCCAUCCUCGGAGAGGCUGAAUGCGAGCAGAAGGCAGCCACCGUUGAUGGUUUGAUCAGCGUGCCUGUUAAUGCUUGUGCCGCAGUCCUUGGAAGAGCCAAGUGCGAACAAAUUUCUUUGUCUUCCCGGAGCCUGAGUGGUGGCCUGGUCAAUGUGCCCGUUAAUCUUUGUGCAGCCAUCCUUGGAGAGGCUGAAUGCGAGCAGAAGACAGCCACCGUUGAUGGUUUGAUUAGCGUCCCUGUCGAUGCGUGUGUUGCAGUCCUUGGAAGGGCCACAUGCGAGCAGGUUUCUUUGUCUUCCAGGAGCCUCGGCGGUGGCCUGAUCAACGUUCCAGUCAAUCUCUGCGCAGCUAUUCUUGGAGAGGCCGAAUGCAACCAAAAGGCAGUCACCGGCGAUGGCUUGGUCAAUGUGCCCGUUAACGCGUGUGCUGCGGUUCUUGGAAAGGCCAAGUGUGACCAGGUCGCUUCCACUUCCACUUCCAGCGGCGGUGACGGCGACGGUGGCCAGGUCGCUUCCACUUCCAGUGGCGGUGGCGGUGGCCUGAUCAAUGUUCCCGUCAAUGUUUGCGCCGCUAUCCUCGGAGAGGCUGAGUGCAAGCAGAAGGCAACCACCGCUGAUGGCUUGGUUAACGUGCCCGUUAACGCCUGUGCUGCAGUCCUUGGAAAGGCUAAAUGCGACCAGGUCGCUUCCACCGGUACUGGAACCGGCACUGGCACUGGCACCGGCAGCGACAGCGGAAGCGGUAGCGGCAGCAGUGGCGAUGAGAGCCUGAUUAAUGUGCCCGUUGGACUCUGCGCAGCUAUCCUUGGAGAGGCCGAGUGCAAGCAGAAGACAGCCACUAGCGGUGGCUUGAUCAACGUCCCUGUCAACGCAUGCCUGGCUGUCCUUGGAAAAGCCAAGUGUGAUCAGGCCUCUUCCACUUCCGGCGGCGGCGAGGGUGCCCUCAUCAAUGUGCCGGUCAACGUCUGUCUUGCUGUCCUUGGUGAGGCUCACUGCCAACAGAGCUCUGAGUCUAAUGGUGGUCUGAUUAACAUCCCCGUCAACCUGUGUCUGGCCGUUCUGGGCGAGGUUGACUGCCAAGAUUCAUCGUCUGCCCCUCCCCCGGCCACUACCACCCCCGUUGUCGUUGUGCCAGGCGAGACUACCACCCCUGCCGUCGUUGUUCCAGGCGAGACCACUACCCCCGCCAUCAUUGUGCCAGGCAAGAGUACCAUCCCCGGUGUUGUUGUUCCAUGCGAGACCACUACCCCUGCCGUCGUUGUGCCAGGAGAGACUGCCACCCCUGCCGUCGUUGUGCCUGGAAAGACUACCGUCCCCGGUGUCGUUGUGCCAGGAGAGACUGCCACCCCUGUCAUUGUUCCGGGCGAGUCUUCCGUCCCCGUUGUUAUUCCAGGCGAGUCUUCCAUCCCUGCUUGGACUGGCCCUGCAGGACCUGGCUCUGUGCCCUCUUAUGGCGGUGCCUCCGCUUCGGUUCCUACCUACACCCAUGUUCCUUCCGUCACCGUGGGACGCCCAACCCCCACCGGCGCUUGGACCCGUGUCACUCCUACCUUCACUAAUGUCGCCACUGUCUGCAAUGCUGCCUGCCAAGCGUCCAAGGCUUCUACCGGCCUCGUGGCUCACACUUCUCCUGCUUACGCUCCCGGCGGCAACAAGCCCAACGCUACCCCCAGCCCCAGCAUCCUUCCCUUCAACGCUGCCGGUCGGGCGACUUUGUCCGGGUUUGCCGUUGUGUUCGGAGCCAUCUGCGCUGUUGCCAUGCAGAUCUAA